AUGGAGCAUUAUUCCAAUACAAAAUUGAGAGCUUACUUAAAAUAUGAAGAUGGAUUAGCAGUUUCGGAUCUGAAAGAGAAAGGGCUAUCCAGGGUACCUGCUGCAGUCACUGAACUGAGUAAAACAGAGAAACUUGUGCUGGAAGAAAAUAACUUGAUUGAAUUACCAGCAAGUAUCAGCAAGCUGAAAAAUCUUGUUGUGCUCAAAUUGGAUAACAACAAAAUCACUGAACUACCUGCUGCGAUCGGUGACCUAAGGGAGCUGAGGGGGCUGAGUGUGAGUAACAACCAGUUGGUUGGUUUACCUACCAGUAUACAGAGGCUGACCGAGCUUCAAUUGCUGGACUUGGACGGAAAUAAACUAACUAAACUACCUGUGAAGAUUGGUGACCUCAGGGAGCUGAGGAGGCUGCAGGUUGAAAACAACCAGUUGGUUGGUUUACCUACCAGUAUACAGAGGCUGACCAAGCUUGAAGAGCUUUACUUGGUUAGAAAUAAACUAACUGAACUACCUGCUGAGAUUGGUGACCUCAGGGAGCUGAGGCAGCUGUGGGUGAGUAACAACCAGUUGGUUGGUUUACCUACCAGUAUACAGAGGCUGACCAAGCUUGAAGAACUGUACUUGGAUGAAAAUAAACUAACUGAACUACCUGCUGAGAUUGGUGACCUCAGGAAGCUGAGGGAGCUGUUCUUGAGAGACAACCAGUUGGUUGGUUUACCUACCAGUAUACAGAGGCUGACCAAGCUUGAAAGGCUGUACUUGGUUAGAAAUAAACUAACUGAACUACCUGCUGAGAUUGGUGACCUCAGGGAGCUGAGGGAGCUGAGUAUGAGUAAGAACCAGUUGAUUGGUUUACCUACCAGUAUACAGAGGAUGACCAAGCUUAAAUGGCUGUACUUGGAUGGAAAUAAACUAACUGAACUACCUGCUGAGAUUGGUGACCUCAGGGAGCUGAGGCUGCUGUGGGUGAGUAACAACCAGUUGGUUGGGCUACCUCCCAGUAUACAAAGGAUGACCAAGCUUGAAUGGCUGUACUUGGAUGGAAAUAAACUAACUGAACUACCUGCUGAGAUUGGUGACCUCAGGGAGCUGAGGGGGCUGAAGGUGAGUAACAACCGGUUGGUUGGUUUACCUACCAGUAUACAGAGGCUGACCAAGCUUCAAGAGCUGUACUUGAGUGAAAAUAAACUAACUGAACUACCUGCUAAGAUUGGUGACCUCAGGGAGCUGAGGCUGCUGUGGGUGGGGAGCAACCAGUUGGUUGGUUUACCUACCAGUAUACAGAGGCUGACCAAGCUUAAAGAGCUGUACUUGCGUGAAAAUAAACUAACUGAACUGCCUGCUAAGAUUAGUGACCUCAGGGAGCUGAGGCUGCUGUGGGUGAGUAACAACCAGUUGGCUGGUUUACCUACCAGUGUACAGAGGCUGACCAAUCUUACAUUGCUGGACUUGGAUGGAAAUAAACUAACUGAACUACCCGCUGAGAUUAGUGACCUCAGGGAGCUGAGGGUGCUGAGAGUGAGUCAUAAUCCUUUAACUGUUGACGCAAUAAGACAUGCCUUGAAGUUAGGGAAGAAAGGAGUACGAGUAUAUGGUGUUGCAGGUAAGCACAGCGGAUAUUGUAAUUAUUUGGAAGUUCGAAAAAAACUCAGAGAAAAUUCCACUAUUUGCCUGGGAAAGGGAAGUCGUUUUUUUUUUCAGUUAUCGGAGGUUUCGCGAAUUUCAGGGUUUGAUAAAUCAAGAUAUGCUACGAACUGUAGUUUCAAAAUCGAGUAAGUUUCUUGGACGUAUUAAUUCAUUUUGAUUAAUUCGUCUGUUUUAAAAUUUCAAAUCAGCUGUGAAAAAUAGCUAUUAUCCAGGGUAGGGUAAUAUCUAAGGUUAAUGAACACCAAACAUUGUAUUCCAUCACACCCUUAAUUACUAAAUGACUCUCCGGUUGUGUUCUCAAGAACUUUCGGAGGGAGAGAAGCGACGACCGGAAAUACGUCUGCUGUUCGCAGGCUAUUAUUUCUUCGGGGAGGGAAGAAAUACGAGUUCCCCUAAAAACGCCGCGGGGGAGGCUAUGUUUUCACCAGGCGGUGUGCGUCACGAGAUUCGACCAAUCAGAAUGCGUCAUUUGUAGAGUGAUUUUCGCGCUCGGAAAGAGCUGUUUUCAGAGGUAUACGUGGUGAAAUUUUCGCUUUAUUCCAAGCUUGUGUUGGCAAUUUCGACACUAUACCGCCGUGGAAAGUUGUUGGAACACUUUAUCUUAAUAGCAGUUGCGUUACUUUUAAAUAUUUUGCUUUCUUGAGCGUUUGUGACAAGUUUGAAUUGCUCGGUCAUGUGCAGGCGGCCAUGAUUAUUUGAGUUUUGUUUUCCCCGUUCUUCUUGGAUUUAUUGCAGGUUACUGUUAGCGGUUUUAUAGCAUUAUUUUGGCCAUCUUGUUACUUCAACCUUUCUUCUUUUUGCAAAUUUCGGGGUCUACCCGGGUCUACCCCUGUUAGUUUUCCCGUUAUGAGCCGUUGAAAGUGUCUUGGAAUUAAGACAUCGUCUCAGCCAAGUGGCAUAACUCCCGGGAAACGCGCUGUGAAAACAUGUCGAAGCGGAAGCCGACGUGAAGCGAGUAACGCCAAAUCCAGGAAGACUUUGUUCUAUUUUAAACCACAAAAGGUAAAUAAGUUUGAAUAUUGUAAUAACCUUUGGAAACAAAACAUUUUUCAUAACCCAGUGCGGAAACUGAAAGCGUGACUUUCAAAUAAUUUGCAUGCGGUGUGUGCUACGUGUAUGCAAAUCUUUGUGUAAACUUAUGUGAGGGAAUAAAUUGUUAUAAAUCUCUCUUUGAGGUUAGGUUUUACUUUAUAACAAAAUCGAUAUACUGCGCUCACUUUAAUGACCGCACAGACAAGAUCGUGGUUUAUUUCACUGUUUAUUUCUGCGGCUGUAGCUUCGGUGAAAUUCCGAUUGUCCUGCAGCUGUUCGGCUCUUUCGGUCUGUUUUCCCCCUGCCUGAUAGAAGAUUUAUUUGCGCAUAAGGAUUUCAAACGGGCACUGUUUUCAAAAUAAUAUAAACUUGUCGAUGAAAAUAAAAUUGUUAUGAGAGACGAUUUCUCACCUUGCUGUUUGCACGCGCUCCCCCUGCUUUGCCGGUAACAAAGUCCAUCAAAUAUAUAAACACUUCUAAUGGACGAAUUUUUUUUUUUAGUUAAGCAAAUCCAGGUAUGAACUACAGAUCUCUUUCACUAUGAGAUAAAAACAUACAUAUAAACCAAACAGUACAUAAAAUCUUAUGACAAGCAGGAAAUUAGUCGCCGCUCAAAGUCGGCUAGAUCGCACGAUCGUCUCCGAAUCGCGAUAAACUUCUUGAAAUUGCCUUAUGAAGCCAAUAGCAAUCAUCUAACGCCACUAUGAGAUCUUGAAAAUUCUCGAAAUCGUUCUCUUCCGUAAUGUUUUUCGGAAAAGGCAGCAGUGUUUUGAUCGCUGGGUUUGAUUAAUUUCUCUCACGAGAUGCGAACUCGACGGUGUCACGAUUGAAAUGAGGCACAGUAACAGGUUUACCCAUGAACCUUUGUGGGUCGUGACGCACACCGCCUGUGUUUUCACUAUGGUCGAUUUGUUACUUAGCGAAACAUUUUUUCUAGGUGUUUGUUGACAUACCGACGAUUACUAGCUGUUUUCACUUCUAAAUUUAGCUCGGAAUAACUCAGAGGUUUCAAAUUUAAAAAGCGCGCCACAUUCAAAAAUGUUAGAAGACGAAGCGCCUUGAAUGUGUUUUCGUUUACUGCGCUUUUAACAAACAUGCGAAUUCUGAAGUUCAAAAGCCAACUGACGAUUGCGUUUUUCGCUGCCGUCAAUCAUCUUAACGGACCUCUUAGGAAACAAAACUUUACUUUAACGGGAUAAAAAGUCAAGGUUUGUGAUUUGUGAUUGGUGGAUUUCGAUCCGUUUUAAGUGUUUCUGUGUUUCAAGGUUCGUUGCUUGUGAUCGUAAUUAUGAUUGACGGCAGCGAAAAACGCAAUUGUGAAGGCGGCUUUUGAACUUUAGAGUUCGCAUGUUUGUGAAAAGCGCAGUAAUUAUUGUCGCUAUUUUAGGGAUGCAGUUGAAUAGUGUCUUUAAAGAGUAAGAGGAUAGGAAGUAAUGUUGUAAUCCUGUUUCAAAACGUAACAGCAGAACAGCAAUAAUUGCCGUAAGUAGCGUGGGUUUAACCCGCCGUGCCAAAUCGGUGAAAUGCGUUAAUCGAAGUAAUGGAUUCUAUUCGAUUUUAAACGAUAGUAAUUAAGCCAUUGAUAUCGGUAAUCGAUAGAUAUCGAAGAUCGAAAGAGUUGUGAGUAUGACUUUAAUCAAUUUUCAUCAAUUUUCAUCCAUUUUAUCGAUUGUCAAUUGUAAUCCUUUAAUACUGAUUUGAGAUACGUUUGCACUACCACUGGGUACGAAUUACUAAUUAAAAGUCUUACCUAUAAUUGUCGAUUUAUUCAUCGAGGACAAAAGAUUCACUCGUCCUUUUUGUAAAUGGGCACUGGUGGUAGCCCUUCACUACAGCUUCUAGUAAAAUGUCCAUUUCGCCGGUCAUUUGGCAGGCAUCAGUCACAACGCGCAACACGAUUCGCUGCGGUAUUUAUUAGGACAAGUUAUACCAUCUCGCGAGGUUGUCUAACUUUGCGUAAUUUUUUGGUCAUAAAGCCGAAAAAAAGUGAGCAUUUUAACUCGCUAACACAAGACUAGGUGUUUUAACUGUAUUUCUGGACUUUUCUGGCUUUAUCUAGCUAAAAUAAUCUCAGUAAAAACACAACCGCAGAGUCUUAAAGCCAUUUUUCACUUAAUGGAUAAUGUAAUAUUGUCAUGUUAUAAUUAUGGAAGUUUGGCCGCUGUAUUAAAUAAAAAAAUUAUUGUUAUAGAAAAAUAAACAGACCAUUAAGGAUGAAGAGUUUUGAGCUGUUCAGGAAGCUCGCUGUUCAAGUUUCAAAUUAGAAAAGGUGGUUUGGUUUGCUGUGUUUAAACCUGAGAAAGCACAUCUCGUGAUCUAAACUAUAACUGGUCUGAAAUUUGUUAUACCAUUUAACAAAGUUAUAAGUCACACUUAGCUUCACUUAGGUUUGUUUUGCCAGUUAGUUUUUGUUGUUUUCCCUGUCAGCAUGCACGGCAAUAGUGUAAGUGAGUUGCCUAACCCCCUUCCCCCCCUCCCCUCCCCACAUGGACGGCCAGGUGUCUUGCCUUUCACCUUAAACCUGCCCUGCACGUAGCCUUUAGGAUCACUAAGGCAACCAAACCUUCCCACCACUUCAAAAGCAUAACGCUUAGAGAGGAGGAAACAAAGUACAGAAUAAUUUAAACAAAAGACAAUGCCAUUAAAUUAUUUAGCGUAAUGACUCGAUUUAGUGCCCGGAGCCCUUAUAUACUUAUGGUUUCUCAAAUGAGGGCGCUUAUUCGAAACAGGGCGUCUAUUUCUUUCAUGUUGCGAAGCAAAACUCUCGAACCUUGAAACAGGGGCAGGGCACCUUACGAGCAAGAAUUAGCAAACGUCUACGAUCAUAGCUCCUUCUGGCAAUCCCUUGAUUUUGAGUUCGAAGCUUGUUUAUGAAGGCGAAUUUUGGUCUGCUAUACGAGGUCAUCUUGUCUACAAAGCGACAUGGUCUCCAACUAAGACUUAAAUUCCAAGCUAUCAGUGACAUUCAACGCUUCAACCUUCCAAUCAUUCCGACAAAUAAUAGCAACACCACCACAGAUUCGCGAGCCAGCUCGAUCUUUCCUCACCAUAAUAUAGCCCUCUGUUCAAUUCUAAUGUGACAAGAUUAUCAUACUCAACCAUGACUCCGAAAUAAAACAGUCCUGGAAUAAAAGCCGUCCCUCGAAUAAUCGCCUCCUUAAACCAAAAUGUUUGAAAUAAUUAUCGCCUCCCUCCAAUAAUCGCCCACCCCCACCCCUCUCGCCAUCUUCUUUUUCCUUUAUUCCCUCCCUGUCAAGUUGCAGUGGAGCCUGAUCCAGCAAAACUGAUUAGUGGCAAUUCAACUGACAAGCUCGGGUGCCGAGGAUAUUGACGUUGAAAAUUAAUCAAAUAACCAAAUUUGGAACACAAAAAGCCCAUGAUCUGUUUAUUCGAUGUAAUCAAUUUUCGGUUUAAUGGAAUAAUAAAACAAAAUAUUUAAGGCACGACCUCCAGUGAGAAAUAUUUGAAAUAAUCGUCCCCUCAAAUAAUCGACUCCUUUUUGUGGAAAGAAAAUAGUAAUCGCCCCCGGCUAUUAUUCCAGGAAAUACGGUAUCAAUGUUAUUGUUACUAAGCUCAGCAUAAAGAGCCGGAACUGCAUCAGGUUUUGCCAGGUACCGAGCAUUCAAAACCAUACACUUUGGCCCUAUCUUUGGUGCUGUAGGCCCUUUGUUGAUUUUAACAAUCGAGAGCGUUCGCGGCCGUUCAGUUGGGUUGCGUGAAUUAGGGUCAACCUUGUCGCGAUAGGAUGGAACAAUAGUCGGUGACUGAAUAGCGGCGCUUAUUGGUAUUGGGGCGCUUGGAAUGCCCGGGUGGGGGGUAUACUUCCUAGUAGUAGGCUAAUGGGUAUGUGCUCCUGGAUUGGGUCGCAUUUUUACGACUGGAUUGACUAUUAUGGGGUUACAUUUUUAUAAGAGUUAGUGGAACGGGGUCGCACAUUUUCAGGAUUUUGGGGAUCAGAAAAUUCAGGUAUGUAAGGAUUUAAAAAUAGAAAGAUUUACACCGCACCAAGUUUAACAAAAAGGUGGGAGAUCAUUUUAGGAUGUUCUAGUUAAAAGGCUUUAGAAGGUAGAUGCAUAAGCAGAAAGUCACUAAGUUAGAAUUGCAAAAAUUACUUUUUUCCAAAAGUGACUAAGAUGGGGUGUAUAAUAUCGCCACAGUAUAGACUAUAAUGGGGUCGGGGUUUUGAGAGGCCAGCGGCACAUACCCAACAAAAAUUAACCCAAGUAACCCCCUGGGUUGGAACAAGGGUGCUUAUGCAGUAGGGGGUGCUUAUUAGAGAACGGGCGCUUAUUGGAACGAAGUUAGUUCGUUGAUGUUCAGAGUAAUUGUUUCAUUUAGAGAGACAGUUAUUUCACAUGAAUGCAAACAACACUUAUAAUUCUGGUGACUCAAAACACAACACUAAUUUUACGCACCAUUUAUGGUGUUUUGAACAUGAAUGGAGACUUGAAGUAAGCGCAGUAAAAAAAAAGUUUAAAAUAGCAGCUGGAUUGCUUAACUGUAUCAAAAAUAACCUAAAUUAAUUAUAUACAUGUUACAUUUGAAAUUCAGUGAAAUAAUGUUUACCAUAGAUUUCUUUUAAUAACUUAACAGACCGUACUGAAAGAUCACAAGAAGGACAAACACUGGUGUAGGACUAAGUAUCUGAUGGAAAUUAUUCCCCCCCCCCAACCCCAUGACCUCCUACAAUAGGUCAGUCAAGUGAACUAGAAGCCAUGAACUACACAACCUCUAAGACAUGACUUACUUUUAAUGAACAUUCUUUUUUUUUUUUCACUAGCUCCUUUAGAAAUAGAAGCACGCGGAGAAAUAGCACAGCUCGCUUAUCAAAGGGCUCUGAAAGAUGGAGCUGUUAAUGUUUACCGUGGUCGAGUAUUGCUUAUUGGGCAGGAUCGGGCAGGAAAAACAAGUUUAAAGAAGUCUCUAACUGGCCUACCAUUUAAUCCAAAAGAAAAAAGUACUGAUGGAAUUGAAGUGGAUCCUUUAAAAUUUCAGUUGAACGUUGGUGAAGUCAGGAAUUGGAAACCUAUUGAUGAGAGAAAACAAGGAUUGCUGGGAUGUUCGAUAGAUGUGGCGCGGGUGAUGGUGGAAAAGAUGCAUGACAUUUCAGUUAACCGUGACAGGGUUCAGAAGGAGAAAAGAGGUGAAGCAAUACUUGAAAGUGAUGAUAACAAGAAUAGGAACCAAGUUGGUACUGAUGGAGCAAAAGAAGACGUUUCUCUUGUAAAUGAGGUUUGUCUUUGUUGGUUGUGAAAUGUGAAGCUUUUUCGUGAAUCCUUUGUUACCACAAGAACAUCUUAACAGUAGUUAUUAUGAAUUGAUUAUCGCCUUCAUUAGGGUUUAGUGAGAAACGCACUAUGGCCUCCCAUUCUUUUGCUUCAGUGUUCGUAUGGAAAAUAUUUACCAUUUGCCACAUCGUUUUCUAGCACGUUUCUGGUUACGAAUUUAGGGUUUUUUUAUACUAGGAAGUUUAGUUCCGAGUGUAGAAUGUUACUACUAUCAGCCAUUUUGUUAUAUUUCCAUGGUUGUACCCAUCUACACGUAAGCUUAGCCUUUAGGUCAUUAGUGCGCGUAUGCAAACCAAAGUGAGUGUAGUCUUAAUAGCCGUAUCUUUAGUGUCAUUUAGGCUUUGAGUAUAGAUUUCGCGUAUUUUGAUGUUAAUCACAAUUUCGAUAUCAAGUUGUUUUCUUUUUCUUUUUUAUGCAAGGAGUAAAGCCAAGGGGCUGGGGGACUCAAUCAAACACUAUUUUUCUAUAUAUUCUUAAAUUCACUGUUCCUUAAAAUUUCCAAUAAUCGUGUCUCAUUUGUUUUUUUUUUUUUCUUUUGAGCUUAUAAAGAAUGUUCUGUCAUCAAUUACAUAGAGGAUAUUACACGGUGGCGCGACGAUAUGAAUUUUAUUUUCGAGUGGCAAAACAAUAUUUUCGAACGAGCGCAGCGAGUGAGUAAAAUAUUGUUUUGCCACUCGAAAAUAACAUUCAUAUCGUCGCGCCACCGUGUAAUAUCCUCUAUAUAAUCGGGUGUUCAUUAUUCCAGCUCGAACAUUUUCGUCAUUCCAGUAAAAAGAACUCAUGAUUCCGUUGAAAAAAUCUAAUAGAGAAUACUUCAUGGACAGUGCUGGCGUACGGUAUUUACACACGAGCUGUUUUUGUAUUAGAAAUCGAACGAGUGAGCGCAGCGAACGAGUGAGAUUUCUGAUACAAAAACGAGUGGGUAAAUACCGUACGAAGCACUUUACAUGUGGUAUUGUGUUUCCUGUAUACAUACUGAGACAUUCAUUAUUUUGGUGGCCUUUUUAUUUUAAAUCUUUCCAAAAUGCUUAAAUUUGCCGCUACACACCACGAAAUAACAAUGAAAACGAAGUAUCAGCUUUUUAGUAGAAACGUUUCUUAAAAACAUAAAUGACGGUAUGGAUAUGAGGUAAUCCAAGAACUACAAGUAAUCUUAACUGUUUGUUGUGAAUGUACAAUUGAAAAUGAGUGAAUUUAAGUAAAAUGGCGGGUUUCAAUAUAAGCUUAAGCUUAUAAAUGGAAGACAAAGUAGCUCCGACAAGAAGCACAACUUAAGCUUACGUCUUGUUCUGUUGUUCCCCUUCCGCUGUUGUUUCGCGGGCUCUCCACAGUUUUCUUUAUCGACAGUGAAACAAACGAAACUAUUCCACUCCAUUUCUGAAAUGUUUUUCACUUUUUUAACUAGAAAAAGCUCUUAGAGAAAAACCUUUCUCCUCGAAUGUGUGCGAAGCGGCGCUCAGCUAGCUGCAAGAAAAGGCGGGAAUUUUGGCGCGAAACUCACACACCUCUGUGGCUUCUGAUUGGACGUAUCGUUUUUCUCACAUGUGAAAAAACAUCGUUCGCGAUUCUGAUCGGACGUAUCAUUUUUUUCACGUGUGAAAACCAUAGUUCACUCCUCUGAUUUGCUAGAACUCAUUUGCGUAUCAAAAUUUACAACACAACUUUUUGGUGAGUAUUUCUCAGUAUGUAUAUAAUUAACUCCAUUAUUCCGCGCCACAAAAUGGCACUAAUCCAUUAUUCCAAAAACACUUUCCGUCAUUCUUACUCCAUUUUUCCUCCUUACCCCCCAAAACUGAACCAGAUAUGUUAAGUCUUUCAUUUUCAGAAUCAACCGUUAUUUUGUUGUUGUUUUUUUUUCGAACCUGCUACAGGUUGGAGAUCCAAACGAAGACAGUGAUAGUGAACUCACAUUAACAGGACCUGAUUUUGAGUUAGUGCUUGAUACUUCUUCACCUCCAGAGGAGGUCAAGGAGCGAGCUGUAAAUUUGGUAAAGUAUAUAAAAGGUAAAGGUGCUAAGGAAGAAUCUGUUGUCAGUAUUGAACUGUGGGAUUUUGCUGGACAACAUCUGUAUUAUGCAUCCCAUCCUGUAUUUUUAUCAUCACGUGCGCUGUACAUCUUGGUGUGCAACCUCAGCAAGUCACUGCAUGACACAGCCAAGCCCUGUGUGAGGCAAGGAUCUUGUAAUGUUGAUUUGGAAAAUCCAAAUGGAGAAACAAAUCUCGAGAAUUUGUUGUCUUGGCUGUCUACAGUGCAUAGCGUCGCGCAGAUGAGAAGAGAAACCUGUGAUGAUGUAGAAGAAGAGGUGCCUCAUCAUUUGCGCCCCCCAGUGAUCAUUGUAGGAACCCAUGCAGACAAACCAUUCGAAGACAUUAAAACAAUGAAAACAGAAAUCCAGAAGGCAAUUGCUGGGAACAACUAUGAAGGACAUGUGCUGCGGCCUAUCUUCAGCAUUGACAACACUGCGAAAUUACUUCAGAGUAAGAUCAGAAAUGUUUUUACUGCGAAAGAUGAAAACAUUGAUGACAUCCAAGCUUUACAAGUCAAAAUCAUGGAAGUGCUAAGACAGGAGCCUUACAUUGGGGAGAGGAUACCUGUGAGGUAAAUAAUGGUUAUACCAGAAUGUUCAGAAUCCAUUAAAGUAAAUAUUAAAUAAUUUAUAUUUCAAGGGUUGAGCUGUGAACACACUGAAAUUACUGUUUAUGUGGAUGGCGUUUGUUUCCGCCAAUCCUUGUAAGAUAUUUUUUUAUAUGUAAUGUGUUUCAGGUGUCAUCAGUUGACUGUGACGCUAUGUAAAAGCGUAAACGCAAAACAUCUAAAGGCUGUUUCAUUGUAGUCUUUUACUUUGAUUUAAAAAAAUUACAUUGAGAACUCAAAAAGUUCAUUGAUUCCUGUAUGAGCCACAUAAGAAAUGAAUAUCUCGUUGAUUGAAACAAGUUAACCAUGAAAAGCAGUUUUAACUGGUCUUAAGGAAUAUUCUGCCCUAAAGGGUUUGAUAACGUUAUUUCGAAUUGGCCGAAAAGAACUUUGUACAUUUCCGGUCAUUGUUUUAAAAAGGUAAAGUAAAGUGGAUCACGCACCCGUUCAAUCUCUAGUAAACUGCAUAACUGCACAGGGUCACAAAUUAGAACAUGGCCACCUUUAGUUCAGCUUAUUUAAGCUUAUAUUUAUCUCAUUUUAACUUUAGAAAGACCAUAAAUACUAACUAAUAAAGAAUAUACACGGCUUUUCACAUGCCAGCAGUCAUGUUUUGUAACGUAUGCAUGCUUCUAGCCCCGGUUGUUCAAACAAUGAAUCACUUUUAUGAGGAAAAAUAUCAGGAACCUUAAUGGCACUAUCCACUGGAUUUUGGAUAGAUAUUUAUCCAGUGGGAAGAGUUAUCCACGUUUCGCACUUCUGGGCUCUGCACUUUAGUCAGUACAGGUAUACUGUGUCGUCACAUGGAUACUUAACGUACGUUAUCAAUUUUUUCCUUGGUUUAAUAAACUAGGUGGCUGAACUUUGAGAAUGUCAUCAACGCUUUGCUUUCCAAGCCAGUUUAUUACCUGAGUAUAACGAAGCUACGGACCCAUGUUAAGGAGAAUUGCUUCGUCGAUGAUGAGGAAGAGUUUACCACCAUGGUGAAUUUCUAUCAUGACCUGAGAAUAAUUAUCAAACACCGUAGUACAGUCAUCUUGAGUGCCAUGUGGCUGAUAGACUUGUUCGGGCAGCUGAUCACUAUUCCAGAUUUUACGAAAAUGGUAAGAAACGCAAUUUAAACGUGCUUUUAAACUUGCAAUGGUUUAUAAUGGCCCCAUUUUGGGUGACUUAACAGGUGUUGCAGGUCACCCCAACUAUCAUGUAAACGUGGUCAAAUUAAAAUAUUAUGUGGACUAACCUGAAAUCAGGCUCUAUUUUCGUUUCGCUUUGAAAAUUACAUUCUGGCGGGCAAGAGAGAAUGUAUGAGAACCGCUAAAAUUGGGCCUGAUCUCAGGUUAUAUGUGGACAGGCAAGUUACCCAACCUAAACAGGUUACCUAACCAGCCUGGGGUCCCCCACCUCCAAACACAAAAACGUCCAAACACAAAAAACGGAAAACUCUAGAUCUUUUUUUCUUUGUUUGUUUACUUAAAAUAUUAAAUAAAAUAACCAAUAAUUUACAAGUGCAUUAAUUAACUGGCUUAAAAUUCACCCUAAAUAUCAUUAUUUUAAAAUAGUUUUGUUAUUGUCCGUCACCUUAUUCCGUCUUAGGUUCCUAAGGUUGCAAAGCACUGGAAGGAAGUUGAAGAAAGCGGUGCUCUCCCCAUGGAACUGGUUGAUCGUGUGUUUUCCAACUUUCUCCUGAAGGGUGUUGCCAGGAAAGACAUUCUUGAUUUGAUGGAACAAUUUGGAUUAAUUGCAAAAUUUUCAUCUUCAAAGACAGGUGAAAAGUAUUUUGUUCCAUCUCAGCUCAAAGCGUCACCUGAUUCCCUUUGUUCCAUGGCGCCCACAAGGCUGGACCCUUGUCCCCUGUAUGUUUACUUUGUCAGCGGUUCUGUUCCCCAUGGUCUCUUCACUCGGCUUGUUUCUCGAUCCGUCCGUUGGUGUUCUGAAGCCGGUCCAUUUCAGCCCCCUACCCUGUACCAAAAUGGAGCGUGGUUUGUUAUUGGGAAGCAAACUUUUCAUGAUUUUGUUCUUAUUUGUAAGAAGCAGUUUAUUAAGUUUUUUAUCAAGCAAAGAAACCAACCUCACCAGAUCUCAGUAGAUGACACAAGUGAGGUGGCGGUACAGGUUCGUGAGUUUGUGGAGGCAACUUUGCAAGUUUUGUCACGUGAUCUCUAUAAAGGUGGAUUGCAGUAUCAUAUUCGGGUCGCCUGUCCGUAUUGUCAGCGGGAAAAAUGCUUAAGCCAUGAUCAGAUUGCAUGUUCUCAUGGAGAUUGUCUUCACCUCCUUGAGUCAAGACGAGGCGGUCCUCUGAUUUGCAAGAAGAAACCUGCAGAGGAGGUACUCACAGUUACUGGAGAAGAAAAGUGGUUCUCUCAAAUAGAAAGUAAGGUAGGUAGUAGUGAAAUGCGAUCUCCAGCACUCAUAUAGUUAAACUAAAAAGGCUUCAACAAAGUCCAUGGAUGUGCUUUGUUAAGGUUAUAGUAUGAGGUUUAACGUAUGCCUUUAUUUAUCCCACCACGGGCUCCACUGUGUAAGAGAAGGCUUUGUUGCUAUCAACUUAGCAAACAUUGGUACUUAAAAUCAAGUAAGUUGAUAAGGUCAAUUGGCUACCAUGUAUUAAUAAUUGUUAUUGGUCUAAUAGGCAUAGCAGUUGGCAUACAAGUUUCUCUCAAGUCUUUUUUAAUGUGCUGUUUUGCUUUGCUGUUGAGCAAUGAGUUUAUAGCAUCUAACGUGUUAACAUGUCUUGCAAACUUUCAUUCAAAAAGGUAGAACCCCCCAGAUGUAAAAUUUGUAUUUUAUAAUAUGCAAUUUUGGUUGCUAUGCAGGAAGCGUGUACUCAAUCAUCAUCACCUGAUACUGCACAAGCUCGUCCAGAGCGUCUGGUACUAAGAGUUACCCUUCUCGCGAAUGAGUGGGGGUCGUUUAAGGGUGGCUUGUCAACAAUAAACAGGACUCUUGCCAUACAUUUGGCAAAAGACCCACACGUAGAAGUCACCAUUCUUGUACCUGAAUUUGAAUGUGGCGAAGAGGAUAAGAGAGCUGCCAAAAGUCGCAACAUUUCCAUCCGGGAAGCAGGACGCCUUCCUGCCUACAGUGAUCCUCUUGACUGGUUGAUCGUUCCCCCAGAAGACCUUGACGUUCAGGUUGUGAUCGGCCAUGGAGUAAAACUUGGUAGACAAGCACAGAUUAUAAGAAAGUCUCAUUGCUGUAAGUGGGUGCAGGUUGUUCACACUGAGCCUGAAGAGCUGGCGAUGCAUAAGAACUAUCCAAGCGCCAUUGCCAAGGGAGAAGGGAAGAACAGAGCUGAAGUUGAACUUUGUCAAAUUGCAGAUCUCGUUUUAGCCGUUGGACCAAAGUUGAAACACGCGAUCUCGUCGCAGUUGCGUUCAUCUCGUCGAGAAAUCUUUCAAUUAAUACCAGGUUCCUUUACAGAGUUUUCAGAUGUUGAGCAUUCUGAACAAGAGAAUGUAAAUUUCAAAGUGUUAACCUUCGGUCGCGGUGAUUUUGAAGACUUUAGUCUUAAAGGAUACGACAUUGCCGCUCGAUCCAUAGUUGAAUUGAAGGACAGUUCCUAUAGUCUUGUUUUCGUUGGUGCAUCCGAUGGAAGGCAGGAUGAAGUCGCAGAAAUCCUACUCCAGACUGGCAUUUCAAAGAACCAGCUGAUUGUUAGAUCAUUUGUGAAAGACAAACAAAGAUUGAGAGAGUUGUUUUGUGAAGUCGACCUGGCCAUUAUGCCAUCAAGAACUGAGGGGUUUGGUUUGACAGCUUUGGAGGCCAUGUCAGCUGGUCUUCCCAUUUUGGUAAGUGGAAACUCUGGAUUUGGAAAAGCACUGCGUGGUCUUCCAAUGGGUGAGUCAUUUGUGAUUGACUCUGAUGACCCCAAGAAAUGGGCAAAGGCAAUUGCAGCCAUCCGUCAAAAAUCUAGGACACAGCGGCUUGAAGAAAUCCGAAGACUGAAAAGAAGUUAUGAUGAAAGAUUCAGUUGGGAGGGACAGUGCCAGGCCCUUGUUGACAGGAUGUGGAAGAUGGUCUAUGGUAAGAAAUCAAAUUUACCGAUAGGAAAGUAACAAUAAUAAUAAUAAUUUGUACUUGUAAAUGUUAAAAUGGAUAUCUUAUAAGGAUUAUCCUGAUUUGACCUUCAUCAUUCAUCGCUGUAUGUCCAUGGCUUCUGCAAUAGCGAGUGCAUAAAUACAUUUUUUCUACAUUAUGUUUCGUGGUCCAUGUGCAUCGCUGAGGAAAUAUUGUCGUUAACCUUUUUAACCUUAAUGUUAGCGUUCACACUCUCCACACUGUUCUCCAUACAUAUCUUGUGUUACUGAUUAGGAGAAUUUGUUUAAUAAUCAAGAUCUUUUUCACCGGCUGAUCAAUUCCAUUCGUUAAAACGUUUAUGUAUAAUUUUAUAAUAUGUUGGCUACACUUGAAGGAAUUAACGAUAAAAGAAAGUUAAAAUCUAUAACAUUGCGAUACAUCAAAGUCAUUUGAUUUUUAUUCAUAUGCAGUGGCAAUGGUGCUGUUCUCUUGUAUAUAAAAAGAAAAUAACAAAAAGGCCCAGCCAAACUUUUGGCUGAUAAUUUGUCACAAGAAAUGAAAGGGGGGCUUCUGAGGUUGAAAUCUUUUUUUUACAGGUCUUGGAAAAACCAAAGACGAUGACGUUUCACAGAACGACUGUGAAAAGGACACUUCAACAGAGCCGAUAGCAGGUAGUGUCAUUGUUUGCUUUGUCAGUUGAACGAAAGACAAAAUUUAUUUUUGCAGUGGAGUGAGGUUAUUUUCUUCUGUUGAACCAGGGUACUUUCGAUUAUUGGGGUGCAUCUCCAAGUAAACUGACGUAAACUAAAUGUUUCCCUCUCCUGAUUACAGGCCAAACAAUUUAAAUUCACUGCUAAUUUUAAACUUUACAGGUGUUGAGAAAAAGCAAGAAGAUGACGUUCCACAAAAUGACUGUGAAAAGGAUGCUGCAACAGGACCGAUGGCAGGUAAUGUCUUUGUUUGCUUCGUCAAUCAAACCAAAGCCAAAAUAUAUUUUUGCAGUAGAGUGAGAUUAUUUAGUUCUUUGGAGACCACAGUAAUUUUUAAUUAAAUUGCCUGCUGUUUUGAGCUUCAGACCAGUGCACCAUCUCCUAUUAAACUGGCAUGAAAUAACCUCUAUCUUAUGUUAAGUUUUUUUUUAUCUUCUGUUAACAGGCGAACCCUUUUUUAUUGUACUUCAACAAAUUAUACGGGAAGCACGCAUAGAGUCCAGCAAAACUAAGCUGUCGCAGGCUUUGAAGAGGACUGCGUUGGAAAAAGGUUUUGCAAUUUCUGACAAUCAAGGAGGGGGAAACUGCAUGUUCUUUGCACUUUCAGAACAGCUUGACCUCAUCAAAGGAAUCAAAAUCUCCCAUAAUGAGUUACGCCGAACUGUUGUUCAACACCUUCGGGAAAACCCUAAGCUGGUAAGUACCUCAUUCUUUUUUAUUAUUUUUAGAGUGGACAUAUUUGCAGUAUACGCGCAUGGCCCGUCACAUGAUAGUAAACAAUUUAAUAGUGAACAUCCCUUCCCCUCUCUCUCCCCUCUCUUACACGUGUAACGGACACCUCCAUAAAACCUCCUAAACCUACUCCACCUCUCUAAAAGUGUUGGUCUCUGCCCUUCUUAAUUUUUUUUGACAUUUUUAAGGAGAGUCGGGGGGGCUGGCAGCGAGGUCUGGAACCGAGUUUACAUGAUCGCCCCAGUUAAGAAAUUUGGCCGAGUGAGACUGAGUACCAUUUUCCUUCAAAGCAAAUAUCGCGGAGAAUGUAGACAUGGAGGGACGAUGAGGUUUUGCUCGGUUUUGAGUUUUCCCGCGUCCAAACAUCAAGAAAAGGUUUUCAAGAACAUUUUUCAUGGAAUUUUUGGACAUCAAGAAGCGUGAUGUAUGAACAGUUCAUGGGUGACUACACUUAUCGUGAUUCACACCUUCGGCAUCUUGGCAAGUUCAGCUAUUUAUAAGCUUCGUGAAUUUUGGAGCAACCAGCCUAGUCUCCAUCUCUUAUAUUUUUCCACCUACAGUGGUAUGAAGACCUCUCUUCCUUAUCCUAAACAUAUGCUACGAGCUCACUAUAUUAGUAUGAGUCUUGCAACAGUCAUAUAUGGGAGUGUUCAUUACACCAAUUUUCUACUUCGCUGUUCGUAAGUUUGUUUGCAAACCGAUAGCCACAACAAAUAUUUAUGGGCGAAAAUACAGAAUACAGGGCCAAUUUAGUAAAAGCCAGGGUAAAUUUUCCAGUCUCUUUGCUUCAUAUAUACUGGGUCUGUCAGUAUAAGCUAUUUUUAAUAUCAGAAGGCUGGGAGGGUUUUACUGAACCUUUAAAACCUUCACUGGAAUAUCAUUGGAGUGAUAAUCAAAAAAUUUCCAACAACAGUACUGUAUUUAGUAGUUUUGUAUUAGAUAGUGACUUCGGUUUCAAGUAUUUCCUUGAAAUUGUUUGUACAAAAAUUACCCUGUAGUUCUGAAUUUUACUUGAAAUGAUUAUAAUGGUUUAGUGUGGGGACAAGCUAAGAGGCUUAUCCAGUUGCUAAUAAGAGUGAGUACAUCAGAGAGGGGUAUGCGAGAAAAUCCCUCAAAGGACUGAAGUACAGGAAACAGAAAAAAGAAAAUUGAAUGUUUUGCAAAGUUUAUAAAGAGAAUCAGAAGGAGCUUGAAAAAAUGUACAACCUCAGUUGUUUGUAUAAGCUUUGAAUUUGAUUUACAACAAAAACAAACAAGGUAAAAUUGAUUUUAUAUCAACCGACAAAAGAAGUUAUUGUCCCUUAAGCCCAAUCCCUUCAGCAGUUCUUUUUACUUGGCCUAGAUAGGUAUGUGCUGCCGAUUCAGGGUGGUGACCAUUUCAUCCUUUAGAGUUUUGAACAAGGUGUCUGUUUGAGCUGUGAAGGUUGAUGAAGAGCAGUUUAUAGUUACAUUUUUGGUACCACUAUUUUUCCCCCAAGUUUUUCCAUGUUUCUAAGUUUAAAAGCUAACUUAAUUCUGCAUGCUAAAUGAAAUGAAUCAGAAUUAUAAAAUAAGUUCUCUUAGCUUAAAAAGGGUAGGGAAAUAAACAAUUUGUCCUACUAGGUGAUCUCACAUUUUAAAACCCUUUUACCACUUGUUGUAACAUCAAAGUCAGUGAACGUUUAUGUUCUCUGAAAAAGGUUUUUGCCUGCCUCAACACAAGUUUCCAAACUGUUAUUCAGUUGACUACAAAUAAAUAUAUUAUCUUAAUAAUAUGAUUUUACAUUUUUUUCCAAGGCAUCCUAUGGUGUUUUUCAUAUCCAGUUGGGAGGAUUUGAGAGGAUUUGAUUUCAUUAACUACAUUUACAUAUAGCACAGACACAAACUAACCUGGCAGGUUGAGUGAUGUCCAAAGGUGUAAAAAAAUACAUGCAACUGUAUGGAAAAAACUGAUCGCAGUGGCCAAAAGAAAGGCAAAAAUAUAAAUGUCACCAUUUUCCUGAGUUAAUAAUUAUUCCUGAAGCAUUUUUAGCCAGAUGUGGUCCUUGUCAAAACAUGCAAAGUUGAAUAUUUAUUUUCUGAACCUAGCUAAUCCCAACUUUUUUAAACCGUAGUUUAGUUUUUGGAAUUCCAAACACAAAAUAUAAUUACCCUUUCAUUUGCUUAAGAUUCAUUUGUUAGAAACUACGGUAAAGUUUACAUUAAAUCACACAAAGAACGAAACUUUAACAUAUCAACAUGUGCAAAAUCAAUAGAGAAUGAAUUUAGCUUCUAGUACAUAAAGAAAUACAUGAACUACGAGAUUUGACCAUGCCACUCAAUCAUCCAACGCAACUCUGCCAGGAUAAGUUCACAAUCAAGGAUGUAAAAUUAAGAAUCUCAAUCAUCAUUUCUUUUCGUCUUAAAGCUGUAGUAGAACCGUAAACAACUCUGACAACUCUUCUACUCGACCCAGCCACCGCACUUUUCUUUAAUACUGCGAAGAAUCAAUUUUGGGCCUUUCACUUGAAAAUAUAAAUUCUUCUACAUACGUAUUGGAGGGCUGGCCCUUCUUUUAGUCUUGUGGGUCUUCUAAACAGAAACACAUAGUCAACAGGUCGGACAUCGAGGAACAUGUUCACUAGUCUUCUUCUUCGUUCUUAGCGUAGUAAACCGCAUGUAAUGACAAACGCAAGCCCAGAAGAAAGGAAAACGUAAGCUCCACAUUACCGCGGAAAAAAAUUGGAUACGGCAAAGUCGAAAGAAAGCAAUGACCAACAGGACUAAAAUUGUAAACGCGAAUUCACUUUACACUGUCGAAUCGCUGCAAAGAUGAGCUUCUUGUUGUUUUUCCCAGCCCGUUCGCGCAUGCUCGCUACAGUUUUCGAAUGAUUGACAGAUUUCUUAACUGGGGCGAUCAUGGAAAGCCGAAAAGUGGCAAGAUCAAAGGCCGUUGCCAGCCCCCCCUGAGGAGAGUAGUCUAGGGUGCACAGGUCAGACCGCUUUUUUGUUGUGGAACCUCAUUAGUAUGAAGUGGAAUAAAUAACUAUAUCUCUGUCUCGCGGUGAAUAAAAUGCGGUUGAAUCUCAUUAACACAACGCCACGAGCUAUUUUAUGAAGUAUUCAGUACAUCCAUUUAUGUAACUUGUAGGGAUCAUGCCCUUAUAUUGUGAGAAUGAUGUCAUAUAUUUGUCCAAAUUAUGUCUUUUUUGGUCAUGAAGACACCUGUGACUUAAAAUCACUGAACCACGAUGCCCUCAUUGUCCAUUGCAGACAUCUUGGGCUGUCUUCACACUAUAUGGUAUAGCUUUAUAGCUUUACGAAAAUCAUACCGGAUGGGGUUUCAGUUCACACAUGAGAACGGUGAUUUCGGCGCGAUUUCUUUAACGCGCCGAUGCAGCUGUCCCUUUCGUAAACGGCCGCUGCAAUUUUUCAGACACUAAGAAAAUUUUUGAUCUGUUAUUCAGAGUGUUUCUAUAAAAAAGAAAGAAAAUCGCAACCCAAGGUCAAACCCGGACCUUUGGUAUCCUAAUCUCUCUCCCUUACCACUAGACUACCCCACCGACCCGCCAAAAUGCCGAAAAAAGUUAAGUACAAACACUGACAAACUGUCUUUCUUAACUGUUACAUCAAUAACAGGUGACCCUAGCCCUUUUCAUAAAUUUUAACGAAAAUUCAACUUAGCUCCAACGCCGUUUUCUAGCACUAUUCAAAAACGUAUUAUUUGCCUUUUUGUAACUAAAUCCAGGGAAUAUAUUACAUCUAUCAUGACUAAAGGCUUGGAUACUAAUGCUGGCGUCGACCGUCGAAAUUACGAAAGGGAAUGAGGCCGCGCCGAUUUCUAAAGUUGAGGGUCACAUAUCGCAUAUAUGUUCACACUAUACUGGAUGGCUUUUCGUGUCGUCACCAAAGCUUAUCUGGUAUAGUGUGAACGUAGCCAUAUUGUUCUGGUUCCGGUUCACUGAUUCUUGGCGCGCGAAGGAGAUAAACUGAGACGUCAUCGACGUUAAUAUAUUCCACUUUAAAAAAAGACGUCUAACUGGUGUGUCCUUAAUACUACACAGGUGGACAUAUUAUUUCUAGUGCCGAUACUAAUGGUGUCGUCUUAGAGAGAGCUGACAGCCCAGCUGCCUGAAUAUAUACCUUCUACAAAAGUUCUCUACCUUUUUCUCUAUUAACUACAGUAUUUUCUUUUUUUCUUACAGCCGGAUGGGACAGAACUGUUUCAUUUUGUUGAUGGAUAUCCAUCUUGGGAUGCCUACCUCACAAGUAUGAUGGCAGAUGGUACAUGGGGUGAUCACGUUGUUCUACACGGCGCGGCAAACUGUUUUCGAACGUGCAUCCAUGUGAUUAGCAGUCUUCCACAUCGCUAUGACGUAAUGGUCUGCCCAGAGUUUGAUGUUACUAGUAGCAACCGGCUGGUGCUGGGUCACUUGCACGAACUUCACUAUGUUAGCCUUAUUCCACAGAUAGGAGGUAAAGAUGUCUGAUUAUACUGCGAUUCAAGAAUUACGACCUUGCAGACAUUUGAGUGGAAAAACUGACUGAACCAUUAUUGUGGUACCUUAUUUGAAGAUGUUGGCCAGAAACAAGCCGUCUAUUUUUUCACAUCUUCAGUUUUUAAUCCGCCAAUUUUCUUAUGACGGUACGAUUAGCCGUUUUAAUAGACUAAGUAUUCAUAGCAAAAAAAUUUUCUGCCUAA